CCUCCGACCGAGUUCCUUGGUCCCGCGCCGCGCCCGGUCUUGUGGCGGCCGCGGGUUCGGUGUCAGGGCCCCUAGGCCGGCGGGACAGUGCCGGGUUUGGUCAGGCCGGCCGGCGAGGGGCGGGGGGCGAGGGGCGCCGGGUGGGACGGGGCGGCCGCCGCCGGUCGCAGGCGCGAUGAAGGCGCUCAUCUUGGUGGGCGGCUACGGGACGCGGCUCCGGCCGCUGACGCUGAGCAUCCCGAAGCCGCUGGUGGACUUCUGCAACAAGCCCAUCCUGCUGCACCAGGUGGAGGCGCUGGCCGCGGCGGGCGUGGACCACGUGAUCCUGGCCGUGAGCUACAUGUCGCAGGUGCUGGAGAGGGAGAUGAAGGCCCAGGAGCAGAGGCUGGGAAUCCGCAUCUCCAUGUCUCACGAAGAGGAGCCUUUGGGGACAGCUGGGCCCCUGGCCCUGGCCCGCGACCUGCUCUCUGACACUGCAGACCCCUUCUUCGUCCUCAACAGCGACGUGAUCUGCGACUUCCCCUUCCAAGCCAUGGUGCAGUUCCAUCGGCACCACGGUCAGGAGGGCUCCAUCCUGGUAACCAAGGUGGAGGAGCCCUCUAAGUACGGUGUGGUGGUGUGCGAGGCCGACACAGGCCGCAUUCACCGGUUCGUGGAGAAGCCACAAGUGUUUGUGUCCAACAAGAUCAACGCAGGCAUGUACAUCCUGAGCCCCGCAGUGCUGCGGCGCAUCCAGCUGCAGCCUACAUCCAUUGAGAAGGAGAUCUUCCCUGUCAUGGCCAAGGAGGGCCAGCUAUAUGCCAUGGAGCUGCAGGGCUUCUGGAUGGACAUCGGGCAGCCCAAGGACUUCCUCACUGGCAUGUGCCUCUUCCUGCAGUCACUGAGACAGAAGCAGCCUGAGCUGCUGUAUUCAGGCCCUGGCGUUGUGGGCAACGUGCUGGUGGACCCAAGUGCCCGAAUCGGCCAGAACUGCAGCAUCGGCCCCAACGUCAGCCUGGGUCCCGGUGUGGUGGUAGAGGACGGCGUGUGUAUCCGGCGGUGCACGGUGCUGCGGGAUGCUCACAUUUGCUCUCACUCCUGGCUCGAGUCCUGCAUUGUGGGCUGGCGCUGCCGUGUGGGCCAGUGGGUAAGGCCGGGGGCAGGGCCAGCUGGGGGAAGGGGCAGGGAGAGCAGCGGCCAUGAUGACAAGACCCGGCCCCCCCCUCAGGUGCGUAUGGAGAACGUGACAGUGCUGGGUGAAGACGUCAUCGUGAACGACGAGCUCUACCUCAACGGUGCCAGUGUGCUGCCCCACAAGUCUAUUGGCGAGUCGGUGCCAGAGCCUCGAAUCAUCAUGUGAAGGGAUUCAGGCAAGGGCAGCCUUGACUUGACUCAUCAGAAGGCCCUGACUCAUUGCCAUUUGUCUGGGGAGACUGAAGACACGGCACCUGCCUUCUAUGAAUAGUCUGGACACCCCCCACAAAGCCCACUCUGUCAAGAAAGGAUGGGCCGGGGCUGUCUGGAAUAAUAAUUUAAUUCACACUGUG